UAUACCUGGCGCGAGGUUAUCUACGAUGACCCCUUUAGGGACGCCGAUUGACCCUGAAGGAAGGAUCAUGAUGAUUGCUGUUGUGGCCAGGAAAAGGGGGCGCCCGUCAUGUAGAUGAAAAUAGGAGUCAAAGAGGCGUCAAGUCGUGCAAAGGCGACCAGUCCUCAAGCGCUAUCAACGCUGUCAGAGCUAUCGAUAGGCUUUUUGUGCGACCUGAACUGGCCAACCCCGGGGCAAACGCCACAUCAAAUGCCAAACCGCUGCAUGGCGCAAUCUCUUCCCAACCUCCAACCACUGCAGCCAACACCCACCGAGGAGCAACCACCAAGCGCGCCCAACGAGAAGUCCACGAUACACUCGACACACCUCGCCCAGACCUCGCCUAGACCUCGUCGUCCGAGGAGGCACCUCUACCUUCCUCUCACCGUCAUGGCCCAGAGCGUUGCGGCCGUGAAUGAGCUGCAUCAUGCCAGCUUCAAGCAUGCCCGCCCGGUCAGGCUCUCAGGGGCCAAAUCUUCUCCCAACCACACACUUUCUCCCAUGGUUGCCUUGCCCACAUCUCCUGCAUGCCAUCCAGCUUCUCCGCGUUUCUUAUCCCCAAGACGAUCUCGCGCUACACGAACCCUCAAGCCACAGGGGAAAGGGAAAGGGGAGGAGAGGAGCAGAGAACUCCCACAGUGGCUGACACACAGGGUAUUGGCGGAAGAGGAAGGCGGUCGAGUCAGAGCCCCAAGUCAUCCCAGGCCAAGACUCCCCCAGGAGGGCAAACAAAAUCAAUAUGAGACAGCGACCCCCUACGCGAAUACACAGCACCAGUGUGCAUGCGCCGGUGUGCAAUAGUCAGCGAGGACCUUGGCAGAAGUUGCUGUGAUCGAAGGUUGACAGAUGGAUCACCGCCUACCUCCAUCCUCGCUUUCCGACAAGGGAC